AUGGGCAAGAAGCAAGCAUCGCCCGCCUACGUCCUAGGCGUGGGAAUGACCAAAUUCAUCAAGCCCCGGGGAAAGGUGGAUUACCAUGAGCUCGGAUUUGAGGCCGGUGUGAAAGCCAUGCUGGAUGCCCACAUCAAUUACGAUGAUGUUGAGCAAGGUGUUGCAUGCUACGUGUACGGCGACAGCACCUGCGGUCAGCGUGUCUUCUAUCAGUUCGGUCUCACCCAGAUUCCCAUCUACAACGUCAACAACAACUGUUCGACGGGAUCCACUGGCCUGGCCAUGGCCCGCACCCUGGUCUCCCAUGGCGCUGCUGACUGUGUCCUCGUCGUUGGAUUCGAGAAGAUGAACCCGGGCAGUCUUCAGUCGGUCUACAACGAUCGUGAAAACCCUACCGGCCAGUUUGGAAUGAUGAUGGCCGAAACAAGAGGCGUCACGAAUGCUCCUGGCGCGGCACAGAUGUUUGGUAACGCUGGUCGCGAGUAUAUGGAAAAGUAUGGCGCCAAAAUCGAAGACUUCGCUGAGAUUGGACGGAUCAACCACGAACAUUCCAAACGCAAUCCCUACUCGCAGUUUCAGACCGAAUACACAUUUGAGCAGGUUCUCAAGGCCCCGAUGAUCCACGAGCCACUGACCAAGCUUCAAUGCUGCCCAACCUCCGAUGGCGCUGCUGCCGCCGUCAUCGUUUCUCAGGAGUUCCUGGAUGCGCGCCCGCAUCUUAAGGAGCAGGCCGUCUUGAUCGCUGGUCAGCAGCUGGCUACGGACGACAAUACCCUCUACAACCGCAGUUCGAUCGACCUCAUGGGAUUCGGAAUGACUCGAAAUGCGUGUCGAGCGGCCGUCAAGGAAGCCGGCGUAAACGUUAAAGGUAUCAAGGUCUGCGAGCUUCACGACUGUUUCUCUGCCAAUGAGAUGAUCACUAUCGACGCACUCGAACUUUGCGAGCCCGGAAAGGCGCAUGAAAUGGUCCGGAAGGGUGACAUCACUUAUGGCGGCAAGAUGGUGAUCAACCCGUCGGGUGGCUUAAUUUCCAAAGGGCACCCUCUCGGAGCGACCGGCCUUGCGCAGUGCGCAGAGCUGGUCUGGCAUCUACGUGGCUGGGCCAACAACCGACUGAUCGAGGGGACCGACGCCGCUUUGCAGCACAACCUGGGUUUGGGUGGUGCAGUGGUGGUGACCGUGUACAAGCGAGCCGAUGGCAAAGUGGCCACUCCCGUAUCGUCCGAAGCCGUUGGGAAGAUCACAGGCCUCGGAUACAACCCGGCAGUCGAGGCCAAGGGGUUCACAGCCCAACAAGCCCAAACAGUCCGGAGCAAGGAUCAUAGUGAUGCAUGGGCGUUAUCUGACACUCAGGAGAGGGUCCUCGCUCGGUUUUAA